UAGGUUUUUUUUGUCAUUUCGUUUACGUUUCGAGGAACGGAAAGAAAAUAAUGCUUCUUCGGCACAUAAUUCCAACCAAUAAUGAUGUGGAAGAAAUUUACAUCGUCAAACAAGAGGAUGAAGCGACUGGGCCGAGUAGCAAUCCGCUGGCGGCAGGAGCAACCGCAUCCGGCAGCAAACCCCCGGCACUAUUGUACGAGAACGAGGACGUCGAAAUCAAGGACGAACCCAUGAGUGUCCACGGCAGCGAAGAUGAGGACUAUGGGGACGAGAAGUACGACCUGCCGAUGCCGUUCCUGCAUGGGAUUCCGUUGGAAGUGAAAUUGGUGGAAGAUCUGCCGAAAAAGUUGGAAGCCGCCAUCAAGAGUGAACCUUUCGAUGCUGGGCAUCAAUCCGAACCGCCGGUUCCGCAAUAUUGCCAACAACCGAAACCGCUUCCUCAGGAGGAACCAGACUCGAAGGAUAAGGUACGGCUAAAAUUAAAUGAAAGGGUGAAAAAGGAGCAGGGCGUAAGUUCCGACGAUGACUGGGGUGACGACGAUUGUCAACCAUUGGCCAUGCAGUUGGAAAAGCGUGUUCCGAAACUGAAAAUCAAGAAGGAUCGCUUCGAUUCGGAUUAUUCCCUAUCAUCGCUGGACGAGGAUGAUCUUUUUAACCUACCGAAGGAUAAAAAUGAAAAGAAGCGCAGGAGAGGUCGUAAAAAAGCCGGUGAUAAUGGUGACGCAUCCGACGGAGAAAGUGAUUUCAAGUGCUACGUUUGCGUUGAGGAUCAAAAAGACAAAGACUUUCUGAUGAAGCACUUGAAGAAAAAGCAUCGAAAAAUGUUGCCAUUCGAUUGCAACAUUUGUACGUCUAGGAAAAUCACAAAACUGAAGGACCUGAACUUUCAUUUCCGGCAGCAUGAUGAAACUCGAAGGCAUAAAUGCGUUUACUGCGCGGCUCGGUUUGAAUCGGCCCAGGCUCAGGCUAGCCAUAUGCGAAGGAUGCACAGCAAAGAAUAUGAUGAGGACAUGGAGAAGCAUCGUCGCUUUUUAUGUCGUUUCUGUGACAAGAAAUUCACUAAAAAGCAUGAUCAUGAGGCGCAUGAGAAGCGUCACCUCAAAGAGAGUUCCAGUGAUCCGGCCUUCAUGAAACGUGAAUUGAAAUGUUACAUUUGCAAUGACUUUGUGGGGAACACUCGAGACGAGCUGUAUGCCCAUGUUCCUUUGCAUGAUAAGGAAUGGCUACCGUAUCACUGCAAGGAAUGCGACAACAUGAAGAUCACUACGGGCCGGGUUUUGUCCGAGCAUCUACGGCAGCAUCAGGAAGGUCUUGCCGUUAAAUGCGUCUACUGUGACAGACGUUUCGCUACUUUGGCCAACUGUCAAGCCCAUGAAAGGACUCAUACGGCUGAAAAAGAAGCUGAUGAAAUUUUGGACGCGGAAAAAAUGACCGAAGCAUAUGAUGCGAAAGUAGUAAUUGAAAACGGAAUCAAGCGGUUCCAGUGCGAAAUGUGCGAUAGGUCAUACACACUUUUUAGCAGUUUGAGAAAGCAUCAAAAUCUACACACCAAGAGCAAUGCUUUCAUUUGCAAAACUUGCGGUCGCGCUUUCGUCAAAGCUUCGACACUGGCACUGCACGAGCGCCGCAACCAUGAUGAAAACGCUAGAUAUAAAUGCGAGGGCUGUGGAAAAACAUUCCGCACAAUAGGGCAUCUACUGGAUCACAGGAAUCGCACACAGCAUUUUGCCGGAAAGCCUCACAUUUGCGAAGGUUGUACCACGUCGUUCGUAGAGGCUGAGCAGCUUGAAGAACACUUGAAAAUUUGCACCGAAACAGAAGCGAAUCGUCCCUGCUUCUGCGGGUUAUGCUCCAACGAUUUCCCAUCCUUGGUGGUGGCUCUGGCGCACGUCAAGUCCGACCAUGAAGCGGAAAUUCCGGAAACAAAGUGCCGAUAUUGCGAUUUGCUUUUCCGCGAUGCCGAAAAGAUUGUAGAGCACGAGUUCAGACACACGCUGCCGGGCAUAAUGUCCUGUACGAUGUGCAACCGGAUCUUCAAGCAUCUGAAGAAUUUGCAGUGUCAUGUGAAGAACCACGGAAAGGCGUCCAUUCCCUUCAUGUGCGACAUCUGCGGUAAAACGUUCACUCAGAAGGGCACAUUGACGAUUCACACACGAUUGCAUACUGGCGAACGUCCGUACACUUGUCAACUUUGCCAGAAGGGUUUUGUAGACAAGAAUGAAAUGCGGCGCCACUACAACAUGCAUUUCAAUCAGCAGAGUAAGCUGUACAUUCCGAAUGCGGAUCAGAUUGCAUCGCCGGUUGACGUCGGUAUGCAAGGUAAGAAGUAUAAACAGUACGCUUGCAAGAUUUGCGGUCGUCAGUUGACCACUUCCACGGCGUUGGCCAAGCACAUCACUACUCAUACGGGCGAAAAGAAGUAUCAGUGCGACUUUUGCGACAAACGUUUUGCCCAGGGCGGCCAGCUGACUGUCCAUCGGCGAAUUCACACCGGAGAACGUCCAUUUGCCUGUGAGACCUGUGGGCAGCGUUUCGUUGGCGGUAGUAACUAUAAGCGGCACGUGAAGCAGCGCAUGUGUAAGCCGAUGGCUGUGGCAGAACUAGCCGCCGCACAAAUUCUGUCAGCGGCAUCCGUUCUAUCGGCUGCGCCGGAAAUCGUAGAUCCGAUAACCGUCGUAGAUCCAAUAGCCACCGUCAGUGUAGAUCAGGUAUACUCCCCAAUGUAGGCGAACCUAAACUCGAAGUUGGUACAAUCAAGCAAUAAGUUGCGCACGUUGCCUAGGGAAAGGGCGCUACGUUUUCUAAUUCAGUUUGGAAUGUCUUCUUUGGUGUUCAUUUCAGCCUACCAAAAGCAUAACAUGAAUUACCGAAGCUCUCAUUGCGAGUUCAUCAACCAGUUAGUAUGGCUGCUGAUGGAGUCUAUCGUCAAAAUUCUUACGACUUCGCGUGGAAUUAGAAAGGUUUGCCUUAUGUCUUGCAGUACAUGCUCAGACUUUAUUAAUUGAAAUCGUAAAACAAAGACUUCAGUUCACUAAACUUUUUGUUUGAAGAUUUAGAACAGUUUCGUAGAUUGCGCGAUAACUAGAAGCCUCAGAUGGAAUUUUGUCCGGCUUCAAAAUUGGAUCAACUUUGGCUUUUUCCAUUUAUCUGGAAAGUAUGCCAAUUGAAAACAUUUGUAAAAUAAAUUAACCAAAAUGGAUAAAGAGCUCUCAGGAAGGUUUUUGAUAAGUAUGUAGAAGAUACCAUCAUCACCCGGGGCUUUCAUAUUUUUAAAUUUUCUAGUAAUAGAUCUACAAAAAAAAAUUAAAAUCGAUUUUUUUCAAGAACGGUGGCAAUGCAUAGUAUUUAAUGCAAAACAUGCAGAAUGAUAGAAAAAAUGCGAUCUAUUUCUCUAAAGUGCUUUUGUGACCUUUCUUAUGUGAUUUUUUCAAUACGUUUUACGAGAAAAGCAUCAUCGCCGCUAGGUGGACUAAUUUUGGUUUUUUAAACUCAUUCUGCAAAUCUCGCCAAAUAACUUUCAACGCGGGAUCGCGAGUUCUUUGGUAUUGCCUUCGCCAUACAUUUUUAAGACGGAUCAGUAGACGAAGAUCGUCGUCAAUAAUAAUGGAGUUGAAUUUAAUUUCACAUUUAGGAAUUGCAAUGCCUCGGCUUCGACAAUUAAAUUUGUCAAAGAUACGAGAGCAUAAUCAAUAUCAUUUUUGGUAUCGAGAGGAAUAUCAAAUCAAAAUUCCUAUCGAUAUACGUUUUAUAUAAAUCCCAAUCAGCUCUACGAUAAUUAAAAGUAGAGCUGAUUGUUAUAAUCGAAUGGCUUCUUGUGAGAUUUCAAACGUCACAGGAAGGUCAAAGUCAGCAUGAGUUAACAAUUUUCCACACAUCUGACUUGAAUUCGUUAAAACUAAAUCAAUUAUCGAAGGUUUUCAACUGGAAGAAAGUCACCAAUUAUGAAAAAUUUGGAUUUGUUGCGAGUAUGUAUGUAUGUAUUAUUAUUAGGACCACACAUCAUCUGGGUUGGUGCUAUUUUUGGAUCGAACUUGGAUUCUGUAACUGAGUCACGCUUCAUAAACGAUUACUACUUGAUCUAUUUGAUAAAAAAAAUCCUCUGCCAUCCAGCAGCUAAAAAAGAGGGCAACGUAGGUUCGUGCGUUAAACUUAUUGUUUGAUAUUCAACGACAUGCAUUAAUAAGUAAUCACUAAACGUUAGUCUUAAAAUAAACUUUACUUAGCGAGUUGAGACGGUAAUUACUAUUUACAAAAAAUACGCUUUUACAAGUAAAACAUCAUACUACUGCAGCACUUCGACAUAGCCCAAUAAUCAAGUCAUUAUUUUAUGACUUCUAGCAGCUUGUUUCUUCCCAACACGCGUUUUAUUGAUUUUUAAUGGUUUGGAAAUUGGAUAAAAAACAUAUAGGUAUAUUGGUUCUAAGUAUGUAUGUACGAAAAAUUGCGAUUUGUUGAGACUAAAAAGUUGUCUCAACUCAAAUAAAUUUAUCAAUAAAUCAGAUUUAUUUCCAGUAAGAAUUGAGUGGAAUUCCAGCGUUUGAAGUAAUUACAUUACAAAUAGUUUUAGGAACGCAUCUGAAUAAAUUACUUAAUUCUAUUGCUUA